CAGAAACUCAGACUUUUCCAUCCUGACAGCGGUGAUGUCUUCACAAUGGUUGCCAAGCUUGAGUCCCUCAUUGCUGAUGAUGCUGCUUUUCCUUUGUACAGUGGAGGUGGAAUAAUCCUUGAAUAUGUAGAGAAUGACUGUACAUUCUUGCCUGAUGUUGGGGAUUACACUGCAUCAUUACAUUAGCUCCCUUGUUUGGUUAAGAACUUACCAGGUAGAUGAGCUCUUUCGACUCAUCUCUUGAUGACUCUAAUACCCCCAUCUCACUAGGAAGGCGACCAUGGCGAUCUGUGUAAAUCCCGCGAAGCGUAGUAGAAUCUUCAUAGAAUUCUAUUUUAAGCCUGCGAGGCGAUUGCACUGCAACUUCACUGCGACCGACCUGCGCUGAAGGCGAUGGUAAUACGCUGAUAGUACGACACUGCCACUCUCUUGCCACAAUUCGAGGCAGAUGUGAUUUCAAGCAAUAGGCAUAUCAAUCGCGGCACAUGAGACAUUCUUCAAUCGAUUGCCAACCUCCGACCAAGAUGGAUGUCCAGAAUUUGGUUGGACUUAUACACCUUAGCAUUCAACAACAACAUCAGUUAGAAUAGAAGUUGAAUACGAGUACAGGAGAAAGAGGAUGAGGAGGCCAAAACGAUACUGGGUCCGAUCCUGGAUUCGGCCAUUACAACAGGUUGAUGACAAAGCUAAGAAUGGAGGACACUGCCUCAUUCUUCAAUUUCUUGAGGAUGGAACCAGAGAUGUUCGAUGAAAUUUUGAGAAGAGUGGGCCCCAGAAUUCAAAAGCAGGACACUCACACGAGAGCUCUGGAACCAGGUAUGAAGCUGGCCAUCACCAUCGGGCACCUGGUUUCAGGAGACAAGUAUCCACCGCUGCAGUAUGAUUUCAGAGUGGCUAGGAACACCAUCUGCAUCAUCAUCCCAGAAGUGUGCCAGGCAAUAGUCAAUGAAUUCAAGGAUGAGUUGAUUAACUGUCCAACAAUACCAGGAGAAUGGGGUCGGAUUGCAUGAGAAUACCAGAGGAGAUGGAAUGUACCUCAUGCAUGUGGAGCACCAGAUGGAAAACAUGUGGCCAUCAGACGUCCCCAUAGAAGUGGGUCAUUGUAUCAUAACUAUAAGGAAUUUUUCUCUAUGGUACUCAUGGCACUUGUCGAUCUCCAGUACAGAUUUCUCUGGAUCGACUGUGGUGGGGUUGGUUCCAUGUCAGAUGCACAAAUCUUCAACGAUUCCGAACUCAAGGAAUGUCGUAGUGAUGGCAGCAUUGGUUUUCCCGAGCCAGAUCCCCUACCCAAUGAUGAUCAGCCAACACCAUACUUCAUCCUGGCUGAUGAUGCCUUCGGACUAAGGACCUUCCUGAUGAAGCCCUACGGACGGAGAGGCCUAGACCGACAGCAGCGCAUCUACAACUACAAGGUAUCUAGCGGGCACCGUGUGGUAGAGAAUGCGUUUGGAAUCAUGGCUCAGAGAUGGCAAGUGCUAUUGUCCACCAUGCAGCAGGCACCAAGUGUUGUUCAGGACAUCAUAGAGUGUUGUGUGUGUCUCCACAACCUCAUGAGAGAACGCUACCCAACUCUCCAGAAUACCCUGCUAGAUCAGGAAGAUGAUGAACACAACAUGCAGCCUGGAGAAUGGAGACAGGAGGUCAACAUGCAUGACAUACAGCAGAUAGUUGGUGACACGGUCGCUGGGAAAAAACAGAGGGAGUCUUAAUGGAUUUAGGAAUAACUAGUGAACCAGAGUUGGAUGAACGUAGGGACCUGGCAGGAGUGUAUUUGUGGAUUAGAUUAAUAUUGUACUGUGGAGCAGAGCCGUUAAUUGCAUGGAAUACAAGGAGAAGGAUUUUGAAGAUGAUGCAAUCGUUGACCUUUAACCAAUGAAGAGAAUCCAGAAUGGGUGUGAUAUGAACAUGUUAUUUAGAUAGGGUGACCAAAAGUGCUGCAGCAUUAUGGAGCUUUUGGAGUUUAGACAACUGGGUGUUGGGUAAAUUGUAAAGCAAGGCAUUCCCGAAAUCAAGUCGUGAGGAAAUCAGUGCAUGAACCAAUUUUUCAGUAGCAGAUUUUGACAAAUAUUUUCUGAUGAACCCAAUAUUACGGAGCUGAUACCUUACAGACCUGGAGAGGUUGGUUAUUUGAUUGGACAUAGACAUUCCACAAUCUAACAUGACCCCUAGGUUAUGACACGUUUGGGACACAUUAAUGGUACAUCCCGAAAAAGAGACGGAAGACAACUUGACCAUACUAAGUUGAGCCCUUGAACCAAAUAGAAGGAACUCAGUUUUGGAGGGAUUCAAUUUCAAUGAAUGACUAUCCAGCCAGGAGUUAAUGUCAGCUAAACAAUUCUCAAGAAGGGUGAUUGCAUUUGUUGCAUCAGCCUGGUUUGGUUUGAAGAAGAGAUAGAGUUGGAUGUCAUCAGCAUAGAUAUGAUAAUUGAUAUUAUGGGGUCGUAAGAUAUGUCCCAAACUAAUCAAGUAAAUCGAAAACAAAGUGGGCCCGCCCACAGAACCUUGUAUGUGAUUCUGAUCUAAUAUCAUAUGAAACUGUAUUAUCUCUUAUUCAUACCACUGUUGCUUAACCAAUAAUGCACGAACUACCAUCUAACUGUUAUUAUGUAGCCCAAAAUUAUUUUGUCGUGCGAACAUAUAGAAAAUUUGACAAACUUUUUCGCUCUCCCUGCCCACCUUUUAUGAAUUUUUUUUUUUUAUGUCGAUAACCUUUCCUAUGUAAACCUAGACAUACCAUUGGAAAUCAAUUGUACAGAUUUGUUUUUCAUGCAUUCUUAUUGUAAUCUCAUUCUAGAUAUUCAUUUUUUAUACGCCCGUCUCGACGGAACGUAUUAUGGUAUCACGCUCGGUGUCCGUCCGUCCGUUAACUUUUCCUUGUAAAUGCUAUAACUUCAGUUUAACUUGACCUAGGCUCAUAUAAUUUGGUGAGUAUGAUACUAGCAUAGAUCCCAGGAAGCGUAUUGAUUGCAUGGUCAAAGGCCAAGGUCACAGUGACAUAUUUUAGGUUCCAUGACAAUUGCUCCUCCGACAUCUGCUCCGCCGACAAUUGCUACGCAAAAUGCGACAACUGCUCCGCCGACAAUUGCUCCGGACAGUUGCUCCGCCGACACUUGCUCCGUCGACACUUGCUUCACCGAUAUUUGCUCCGUCGACACUUGCUCCGCCGAUAUUUGCUCCGUCGACAUCUGCUCCGCCGAUAUUUGCUCCGCCGACAGUUGCUCCGCCGAUAAUUACUCAGCCGACAUCUGCUCCGAUUUUACGACAAUUGCUCCGCGACAAUUGCUCCGCCGAUAUUUGCUCCGCAGAAAAUUGCUCCGCCAAUUGUUGAUUGUUGAAAUAUGUAGCGUCUUCAUGGCUAAGUGCAAGCAGUCCUUAACAGGUUAUCUUUUCGAUCACUUUAAAAUGUAUACAUUAAAAAAUUUUCUGCUUGCGCAUUGCGCUCGCAUUAUUAAUGUUAGGAAGAUCCCCAAUUACUCAUCCUUUUCAUGAUUUACAAAAAAUGAAUAGAGUGUCUCGUUCAGUAGGUCUAAAUCUCGAAAAAAAUUCCGCUCGCGCUUCGCACUCGCAUUAUUUGAUUUUUAAAGUAUUUAACGUCUUCAUGGCUAACUGCAAGCAAUCUUUAACAAGUACCUUUUCCAUCAGUUCAUUUCUGCUCGCGCUUCGCGUUCGUAGUAAUUAUUUAAUUGCAUACACAUCUUUUUCAGGAUAACAAACAUUGUCCAGAAUGUUCCAAUUUUAGAAAAAAUACAUAAAAUUUCCUUAAAACAUUUAGCUCGCGCUUCGUGCUCGCAUUAUAUAAAUAAGGAUUAUGAUAUUGCAUAUUUAUGUUGAUUUAUAAGAAUAAAGCUAAGAAGUGACUUUAGGACUACCCCUUCAAAGAAACCAAAAUCAUCAUGCGGCUUGAUCGGGGAAAAUAUGGCUAUAAAAAACCUCGCCCCCCCCCCCCCCUACUGGCGAAGGCUGGAUCCGCCCUGCCCUUCUGCUUUCCAGCAACUUAUACACCCUACAUUCGCGCGCGCCCCCCUCUCUCUCCCUCUUUCUCGUUUUGUUCUUUCACACUAAUUAUUUUCAUUGGUUACCGCUUGAUUUAUUGUAUAUUCAUCAGCAUUACUAUUAUUAAUAUUUUUAUCAAUAAUUUUUUAAUACGUCUUGGGCCUUAUCUACCCUUGCACCUUUUUUCUUUCAAUUUGUUUCAAACGAAAGCAUGAUCAUCACUGGCGUACAGAUAGGGGAGGGGCGUGCUAGGGGUCACGGAUCCCCCCCCCCCAUUCUCCCUACCAAUGGAAAAAAAAAAGAAUAAAGGAAAGGAAAGGAAACUAAAUGUCAUCCUUGUCUGGCCCCCCCCCCUCCAUUUUUUUUGUUGGCUCAUUACGCUACUGGUGAGUUACUAUAAGACGAGACUUCGGUUGUAUUUUUUUUCUAUUCUGUGCAAUAGCAACAAUAUAAAUAUUAU